AUGCCGCUAGAGGUUAUUGUUGCGGAUAUACCACGUUCUGGCACAUUAUCCAUGCGUGAGGCUCUCAUUCGAUUGGGAUUCAAUAAGACAAUGCAUAUGAAAGUACUCAUGGAGAAUCCUCUACUUAUGUCGAUUUGGACAGAAAUCUACGAAAAACAUUUGGAAAAAACUUGGACUAGUGAUGAUUGGCGACACAUGUUUGAUCAACACUUUCCAGACUAUGUCGCAAUCACGGAUGUACCAUGUUGUGAUUUUGCUGUUGAAUUAGCUCAGGCUUAUCCUCAAGCUAAAAUCAUUCUUCUGCAUCGAGAUCCUGAUAAAUGGCUGACGUCCUAUCAACAUCUUAUGGCUCAAUUUAAGGCUUCCAAAUUCGAGCUUUUUAUUAUUUCAUUUCUAAAAAGUAUUCAUGCACAUUUUGUGUUCGAGAAGUUUAGAAAUGCCUGGUGGCGAGAUAUUUAUAAUUAUCCUGACGUCGACAAAGAGCUUAUGCCAUUCUACGUGAACAAAAUUAAAACAGGCAUUGAUUCUGAGAGAAUUUUAGAGUUUAAGGUACAAGAUAGUUGGGCGCCACUCUGCAAAUUUUUGAACAAAGAAAUUCCAGAAGAAAGUUUUCCUCAUAUGAACGAUGCUCAAGCAUUAAUUGAAUGA